CAGCUUGAGACACUGACGCCGUAGACGCAUGCAUAUUUCUGAUUCUACUCACUCCGAUCCGAUCCGAUCCGAUCCGAUCCCUCCAGUCAGUGGAUUAAACAUGAUAUCAACUAUCUCAUACCAGAAAAUAUCUUUGAAGAGAAAGUAAAGAAGAAGAUGAAGAGAUUGACUGCUUUGAUAGCCAGCGCCGGAUGUGCUUUUAUGGGUUUAUGUGAUUUUGCGUUGAGCAGAGAAUAUGAGUAGGAGUUUAUAUAGGGUGAAAAACUGAGGGAGUCGGAGCCGCUUCCAUGUAUCACGAUCGAUACAUCCUUCUUGGGAAAGCGAUGGCUUUUUGGUAGAGUGGAGGAUUAGGGUUACGGGAAGGAGGUAGUAGGAGAAUUAAGGUUGGGCCGGAACUUCAAAUUGGUUUGAGAUCCAGCCCGUAGUGAUAUGGCAAAAUGAUUGGUGGGAAAUAUUUAUGCUCAUGUAGCACCCUUUAGAAGCUCUUAAAAUAGUUUCUUUUAUAUAGUAGUGAUUUGUUAAAAGGUUAAUAUAAAAUGAAGAGAUAAUAUCAAAGGUUAAUGUAUACCAUGUUGAAUGCUAAUGUAUAUUCUUAACAAUCGAUGAUCACUACAUUUGAGUCUUUGACCCUUUCUUACAAAACAUUCACUAGCCAAUAAUUAAAUGUUUGUAUGUACAUGAGUUGACUAUAUAUGUCUGAUUAGUUUGAACCUGGUUUACAUGUUCACAUGUUGUAGCGUGUACGUAUAUUAUUCCUUCCCAAUUUUUCUAGUUGGUUAAGAAUAUUAGAAAUGGAUAUCCCUUGGAAAUAGAAUCAAAGAUGUCUUUCGAGUCUUUAUUAAUCAAUGGGGAUGACUAACAAUUGUUUUUGAUUAUUGUAAUAAAUUUCAUAUUAUAUCAAAGAUCAUACGAGUGUUUAUUAACUAAUCACCAAGGCCGGCUACCAAUAACAACUAGUAAUUAAUAAAAUGGUGUCAAGGAAGAUUAGAUUUGUGUUUGACUAUAAAUUUGAAGCCGAAAUGUCUUAAUUAUGCAUUGCAGAAACAAAGAGAACCAAAAAAAAUGGGACCAAAGGGUUGGUUUAUCCUCAAGGUUUUGAUGUUUCAAGGUCUUUUCAUUUCGCAUUCCCAAGAACAAGAAGACUUUGAUUUCUUCUACUUAGUUCUUCAGUGGCCAGGAGCCUAUUGUGAUACAAAGCGUAGUUGUUGCUACCCAACAUCCGGGAAACCUGCGGCAGAUUUUGGCAUCCAUGGUCUUUGGCCUAAUUACAAAGAUGGUUCAUAUCCAUCAAACUGCAAUCCCGACAGUGAAUUUGAUAAAUCUCAGAUAACGGACCUGGUAAGCAGUUUGAAAAAGACGUGGCCAACACUAGCGUGUCCGAGCAACGAAGGGUUCAAGUUUUGGAAGCACGAGUGGGAAAAACACGGUACAUGUUCUGAGUCAGUAAUGGACCAACAUGAGUACUUCGAAAAUUCUCUUAAACUCAGAGACAGAGCCAAUCUCUUUCAAGCCCUCACAAACUCCGGAAUCAAACCAGAUGAUAGAUUCUAUGAUCUUGAAAAGAUCAGAAAGGCGAUAAAAGAUGAGAUUGGGUUUACUCCAGGGAUUGAAUGCAACAAAGAUCCCGAACGUAACGACCAACUUCACCAAAUUUAUAUCUGCGUUGAUACAUCAGGAACUGAGUUUAUCAAAUGUCCGAUUUUGCCUAGAGAAAGAUGUCCGUCUCGACUCCAGUUUGCGAAGUUUUAAUUAUAUCUUUCUUUCAGUGUGGCGAUCAUAAUUAUAUCUCAUGUUUUGGAAUAUUUUCUAAUCAUUUUAUCUUCUCCUUCCAGAGUCCAAAUUCAUGGGGACUCUAAAAUGUAAUGUGUUUUAUGUUACUUUAUCAAAAAUAAAAACUUUGGUAUAAUAGUAUGUGUAUAUUUAAAAUAUAUAUCUGUGAUAUUUUGAUGCAGCCUAGGCUUCAUCAAACUUCAACAUUAUUACAUCCUAACUCCUAAUUAAGGAACAACAUUCAGUGGCGUCAGAAAAGUAGAGCUACCCCUAGAACCGGUAAAGAAUAUGAUUCAAUCGUGGAUGAAGUAACAACGUUAUGUAAAAAAUGAAAAGAAAAGAAAAAAAUUUAACCAUACUAACUUCGAUUAUUUCAUUGUAUAUCUUUUGUGAACAGUUACAUACUAGCUAUUUCACUAUUUAUAUUUUUUUUGUAAAAUUAAAUCGCUAUCUUGUCGAUCUCGUUGACUUGGCUCCACCUUUCAUUUGUAAUUUCUUUUGCUUUUUCCAGUAAAUUUAAUCUGAAAAGCCAUUUUUUUAUCUUUUCUUGAAUACAUUUAGUUGCAAGUGUUAGUUAAGUGUUGACAAAAGAAGUAUUUUUUUUUUUUUUACGAGAGUAAAACAAACUAUCAGUUUAUAACAUUUUAACAUUUCUUUAAACAUGA